AUGUGCAACAUUCCCCAUUUUGCAGCAGCGUGGGCUUCACUUUAUUUGGACGGGAUCUGCAGCUUUUAAAGGGGGAACCGGGAUGGAUUUGUACGUCGCUUCUGUUUUAUUUGCAAGUGUCCUCAUCGGGCCGCUCGCCAUCAGGACUUUCUGCCCGUAUCUGUGGAAGGAUGUGCAGUAUUUCGGGGUUUUGCUGCGGAUCUUGGUGAAGUUCGCCUCCAGGCGCAGGAGGAGACCUCUCUUCUCUGUCUUGGACCGUUUCUUGGAGCAGAGCGCGGCGCGCGGGGACAAACCCUUCAUUGUGUUCGGGGAGGACACUUUGUCUUACUCGGUCACGGACGCACGGAGCAACAAAGUGGCCAACGCUCUGCGGGCCCACCCCGGGUUCAAGGCCGGAGACACCGUGGCUCUGUUCAUGGGGAACGAACCCGCCUUCCUGAUCACCUGGCUGGCGUUGGCUAAGCUCGGAUCCCCCGUGGCUCUGCUCAACCACAACAUCCGCACCAAGUCCCUGCUGCACUGCUUCAGCUGCUGCGGGGCCAAGGUGCUGAUAUCUGCCCCGGAGCUGAAGGAGGCGGUGGAGGAUGUGCUGCCCACGUUGAUGGAGCAGGGCGUCACCGUCCUCCUGAUGACCAGACACUGUGACACGCCUGGAAUCGAGAGCUUCUCUGACAAAGUGGAAGAGGCGUCGGACGACCCGCUCCCUCGAUCCCUCCGAUCUCACAUCACCUUCAAGAGUCCUGCAGUCUAUAUCUACACCUCUGGAACCACAGGUCUCCCGAAGGCGGCUGUGGUCAAUCAGAACCGUCUCCUGAUAGCUCUGGCGAUUCUGUCUUCAAACGGCGUAACGUCCAGGGAUGUCAUCUACGUCAACCUGCCUCUGUACCACACAGCUGGCUUUCUAAUCGGCUUCAUUGGCUCCAUUGAGACAGGAUCAACCAUCGUCCUGAAGAGGAAGUUCUCUACCUCUCAGUUUUGGGACGACUGCAGGAAACACGGUGUGACCGUCGUCCAGUACAUCGGAGAGGUGAUGCGUUACCUCUGCAGCACAGCAAAGAAAGACAACGACAAGGACCAUAAAGUCCGACUGGCCAUCGGUAAUGGAAUCAGGGCUGACAUAUGGAGAGAGUUUCUCAGCCGCUUUGGCAACAUCGAGGUCCAGGAGUUUUACGCCUCCACUGAGGGAAAUGUGGGAUUUGUCAACUAUGCGGGGAAAAUUGGAGCCAUCGGACGUGUCAACUACUUCCAUCGGAAGCUGUUUCCCUUCACCAUUAUCAAAUACGACACAGAGCGAGAUGAAAUCGUCCGAGAUGCUAAUGGCCUCUGUGUGGAGUCGCCCAGAGGUGAGACAGGACUGCUGGUGUCGAAGAUCACAGACAUCGCUCCUUUCGUCGGCUACGCUCAGAACAAAGACCAAACGGAGCGGAAGAAGCUUCGGGAUGUUCUGAAGAAGGGAGAUCUGUACUUCAACAGUGGAGACCUCAUGAGAAUCGAUGAGGAGAACUUCAUUUACUUCCAGGAUCGUGUGGGCGACACGUUCAGGUGGAAAGGUGAGAAUGUCGCCACGACCGAGGUGUCAGACAUCUUGACCAUCAGUGACUGUCUCACAGAAGCCAACGUUUAUGGAGUCCAAGUGCCAGGGCAUGAGGGGCGGGUAGGUAUGGCAGCUGCUACUUUGAUGGAAGGCACAGAGUUUGAUGGAAGUAAAAUAUACAACCACGUGGUCAGCUACCUGCCCUCAUACGCCCGACCUCGCUUCAUAAGGAUUCAGAACGCCGUGGAGGUCACAAGCACCUUCAAGCAGCUGAAGGUGCAGUUAGUGGAGGAGAGUUUCGAUCCAGGACGUAUCCGGGACCCUCUUUAUAUCCUCGAUGAUAAAGAGAAGAGCUACGUUCCGCUGACAGAGCAGAUCUACAGCUCCAUCACAUCAGGAGACAUCAAACUAUGAGCAGAUGUGGUCACUAACCGACUUUUCCGACUAAAAAACUCAAUGCCACUCAUUGAGUUUUUUAUAAUGAACUUACAACUCAGGGAACAAACCUCAAACUAUGUGUAUAUGUGAAAAAUAUCAAGAUAUAAAGACCAUGUUUAAAAACAGUACACGAGAACCAGGCGUUGAGGGUGGAUUUGUUAGGGGUCAGUCUCCAGGAGGAGGAGGGAGUUUGAUAUAAUAAUAAUAAAAAUAAUAACAUUAUUUGUAUAGCACUUAUCUAAACAAGGUUACAAAGGGCUUCACAAAAACGUCCAUGGCAAAAUUAAAAUGAAUUUGUAAUAAAUGAUAUUCUGUCACAACUAAAUGGGCCUAGCUGUUUUAAAAAGGUGCUUCCCUUGGUCCAGUUAAAGACCAUUAGACCUUCUCUCACAGAAGAGUACUUGCUUUUGAGGAAAGAUGUGAGUGACAUGUGAUUCCCGGGUGGAGAACCGUUUUCGUAUUUUUAGAACAUCUCUCAGGGGCCAAAGAUUACUGAACAAUAAUCACCUACAAUAAUAACCUGCUUACACACACUAACAUCUGGUGUUUGCCUGUAAUGGGAAUUAAUACAAUCAGAAUUCACUCCCGGAUCGAUUGACUCUGCAGUAAAAGUGGAUUUUUAUCAGCUCUUUUCUUUAUUGUGGCUCCGUUAAUUUCAGCAGAUUUUUGUUUUGUAAUCAGAAAACCAAAAUGAGGAAGUGAGCUGUUUCCAACUGUUUCAACUCUGAACAGCGUUAGAUUCAUCCUCGGUUAUUUUGUUUUUGCAAAUCAUCCCUAUUUCUUUUAUGCUGAAUAGGAUUAACGGCUGUCAUGAUCCUGUUUAUUGUUUCUGAGUUAUUUCUAUGUCUGUUAUGAAUUUGCCAGAGGCCAGAUGUAGUGGACUUAGGUUACAAAGACCAAACAUUUAUGGGGAGAGCGUGGUUUAGGGGAUAGAGCGGGUGUUCUGCAACAAGAGUGUUGCUGGUUCGAAUCCCACUCUUUCCCAUCUGAAAGCCUAAGCAUGCCUAAGUUUCUUUGGCAAGAUACUGAACCCCUAAAUGGCCCCUCAUAAAUGUUGAGUGUACUAAAAAUGUAAGUCGCUUUGGACAAAAGCGUCAGCUAAAUUACAUUUAAUGUAAUGUAAUAUUCCUGUGCCACUAUUUGUACAUAGGAAUUACUCUCAUGAACAUUAGAGUGUUUCCGGUUGUAAAAAAGUUUUCUUGUGUUUAGUAUUCUCAUUUUAUUCAUCAUAUAAACAAUACAGAGACACAAUUUCAGGUUUGACAAUUGUAUAAAAAAAAACACUAGAUGGAGACACAUGCCAUCCGAAACUCUGUCCCUAGGGGAGCUGGAAUAAACAGCUACAAACGUUACACUGGCAAACAUGUGGAACAAAUUAAUGUGGACACUCUAACAUUUAGUUUAACAUCAAACUGAUUGAAUGAUCUUGACAGAUUAGUCUCCACUCCACACAUUUUUUUUAUGUGACAGCUGGGACCUGCUUCCAUUCCUCCUCAAGAUCCCAGUUGCUGAACCCACAGCUGCUUGAUGAGAUCAGGACUGAGUCAGACACGGUUUUCACAGAAGACUGAAAGUAUUUCUUAGUUGGAAGCAUAUUGUCUAAAAGAAAUAUCUCUUUGGUGACAGACUAAGAUUGGAAACUGAGAUGCUCAAACUUUAAGAAAGAGAACCAGACCAAAAGUACACAGAGGAAGUUUGCAUGUGCUAACAUGGAUGGCAGAGCCUUCAAUGAUUAAAACGUCUGGUUGUUCAGAGUUCAUUCAGGGGAACAAAGUCCUCAUAAACUGCCGCAGUUACAGCAGGUGAGGUGCUGUGAGGAUCAGUCCGUUCUAAUAAGUUACAAACAAAUGUCACUUUUUCAUUCAGUAAAUAAUUAUGAAGAAAUCCCAAGAAAUUAUGACGCACAGCAUAACAAGACAAAAACUGGCUCAGCAGUCUGCUCCAGUCUACUCCCCUAUUAUUCAUUGUUGUUAGUGAGUCCUCCUCAAAACCUGUCACUUUUAUAUUGUUUGUGUGCAGAGCUUUUUAUAAACAGUCCUUGGUGCAGAGUGAAGUUAGAAAACGUUGUGUUCAUCCUACCGGGUUUAUCUGCAAUAAAGAGUUCUAUAGUCAACGUUUUUAAUAAAAUAAAACUAUAUUUUAUUUUUUAAA